CGGAAAUCUAACGCUCCUUCUUCCUCCUCUUUUCAAACAGCAACCAUGCGAGGUGGGUGGGCUGAAGGAGAGGGACUGGCCCGAGGCACCCAGUUGACUUUCAUGCUAAAGCAAGACUAGAACUCACUGGCACCCGGUUACUAUCCCGGUGCCUUAACCACUAGACCAAGCUGACUCUCCAUCUCCCUCCAGUUAAUACAGGGGCCGUCCAGAAUUGAGGAAGGGUCCCAGUUCAGAAGCAGAAGAUGAGCAGCCGGGGUGGGGGUCGCGGCAGGGUGGGCAAGCCGGCAGCCAAGAGCUGGGCAGGCCGGCGAAGGGCUUCCGAUAACUCUCUUGACGCCUUCUGUCGCUCCUUUCCCAAAGCGCUCAUCAUGGCGCUCCUUCUCCGGCAAAAACUGCGGGUCCUGCGGCCGAGAGGAGGGGCAGGCGGGGCUUUCCCCAAAAGGGGGAGCAGCGGGGAAUGCCCAGAGGAAGUGAAAGUAGAGCCAGCUGCUCCAGCAAACGCCAGCAAACGCUCUUCUCUCAGUCGCCCUCCGGCAAACGCCUAGGAUGGCAGAGAUGGGGGUGUCCGCGCUGCUGCUGCUGCUGCUGCUGCUGCCGCCGCUCGCCGUGUCUUGCCUUCCGGGCUCCGGAGGAGAGCAAGUUCUCGCCGCGCCCACGGAGGUCCACUUCCAGGCCCGUGUCUUCCAUCACCUGGUUCGCUGGAAACCGGGCCCUAAAGUGGGCGCCGGAGUCCUGUACGAGGUGCAGUAUCGGCGGUAAGGGCAGGGCAGGGCAGGGCAGGGCAAGGCGGGAGAGAGAGCCGAGUCGGGUCGGGUGUGGUCCUUGCCUAUCCUCCGUGUCAGAACAGCCUUCGGCUUCACUUCCCGCCGCCCGCAGGCUCGGCAACGACAGCUGGAGGGCCGCCGCCAAUUGUACCCGGAUCGCGCUCGUCUUCUGUGACCUCACCUGCGAAACUCAGCAGCCCGCGGUUCACUACUUGGGCCGGGUGCGCGCCGUAGCCGGGAACAGCUCCUCCGCCUGGAGACUGACGCGCCGAUUUACGCCUGGCGAAGCAACUCUGUGGCUCUCCAAGGUGACCCUCUCCAGGAGUGGCAACCAGCUCCAUGUCUCUCUGCAGCUUCCCACCAGCUGCUGGGCCAACCUCACUUACGAAGGCAGCUAUGAGGCAUGGGGGGAAUAUCUUGCCCGAGUCCAAAGAGUGUCCAACAAUCAGGAGCUCCUGCAGGUCUACAGCAGCCUGGAAUUUGACCUGCCCCCACUGCUGUGGGGGGAGCAGUACUGCAUCAGUGUACAGCCUCGUGUGGCCUCCAGGCCAAACGCUGCUAACUGGACAGAGGAGCAGUGUGUCUCAAUACCCCCACUAGAAGAGUACUCUCUCCUUACCCCGAGUUUGGCCCUCCUGACUCUUCUAAGUCUUGGGAUUCUGGGUGCAGGACUGGGCUUGGCCUCUGCCUGCAAGAAGAAGCCCACAAGGAUGCCUUCAGUCCUGAAACCACCCCUCGGGCACAACUUCUGCUGGGGACUGAUGGAGAAAAGUGAAAUCUGCAUCCUACACAUGGAGACCGAGUCCGUCCAGCAGGUGUUCUUCCUGGAUCCACAGGACCACGCACACCUGGAGAGGAGAGGGAGCCAUUGCACUGCGGCAGUGCUUCCAGAGAAGACCUGCCAGCGGGACGAGGGCAGAGGGUUGGAGGAAGGCAGCGGCUGCAGUGCAGACAGUGGCAUUUGCCUGCAGGAAACCUCUGGCAGCCUGGACAAUCUGCAUUUCACCCUGGACAUUGGUCAAGAGACUGGCAUGCAGAAAGAUGCAGGAAGCUUUGGGAUGAAAGAGCAGCUGCUCCCUGGUGAGGGUUCACCACCCAAGGAUGUGACUCAGGCCCAUUUUUCUGGGUACAAGCAACAGUCAGGGGCUCCUUUGGAUCCUGAGGAUUGCCUGAGGCCUCCCUCCAGCACAGAUGGGGAGACGCUUCCUCAUCCUAGUCUGACUACUGGCUAUUUGAAGCAGACUUUCCUCGGAGCCCCCCCUGGCUUGCAAGGGGCUGCUCUCUCAAAGGACUUCUUUUAUCACGUGGAUCACUUUGGAGCGUAGGAAUUGCUCUGCAAGUCAGUGCAGAAGUUGGGCUUCUCUGGACAAGACCCUCCAUUGCCAUUUCCCCUCCAGUGACAGCUGAGCCAGGAUCCCAUCCCCAGAGCUUUCCUUCUCAGUGCUGGAUAUAAGAGGUCUGCCUCCCCCAACCCAGGGAUCCACAGAGGCAGGACCCUGCAGAGAACUUGAGAAGGGAAGAGGGAUCCCAGAUGCAAAGCUCCUGAUUGCUUCCUUGCAUUUUCUCUUGUUUUCAUGGGACGUAGCUCAAACAUUGGAAAUGGCACUCUCCUAGAAACCGGUCUGUGAGGUUGGAGGAGAAACCAGGCGUUCCAAAGGCAGAAACAAAAGCAAAGUCCUCGCUGAAUGAGCAGAGUUGGGACCAGCCACUCCAUCACUAAGUGAUCUGGUAAUUAAACAAGCCAUCCUGUGACCGUGACCUGUAUUUUUCCUGCCAGCUUCUCCCUUCGCUUUGCUUGUAUUAAGCUGGCUAGGAAGCUCACACGUUGGUCAUAUGACUGUGGGACACUGUGAUAAUUGUAACUGCCCGCUGGAUGCAAAGUGCCCGAAUCUCAAGAUAUAUCUGUGAGAAUACUACAACAGACGUAAAUGUGAGGACUGGCCGUAAAGUUACUUUUUUAGCACUGUCGUAGCUUUGAACAGUUGGUAAACAGGACAGUUGUUAAGCAAGAACCACCUGUAGUACGGGUCACUCUCCUGUUUUUUCUGAAAAGGAAAGGAAGACAAAAAGGGCCUUGCAUACGAGAAAGAGCACAAAGGAGAAUGCACACCAGUCUGGAGAGGACUGUGCUACGAAAAGAGAGAGUGGAGGCCUCUGGUAGAAAAAAGACCUGCAUUUUUGGAUCCUCUGCAACAGUUGGUAAACAUGAGCCUUGGUGCCAUCCAAAGGGCCCAGAGCUGCAACCCAGAAUGGGACUCCAUCAGUGGUGGGUUUCAAAUUUUUUUACUUCCGGUUCUGUGGGUGUGGCUUGGUGGGCGUGGCAUGGCAUGGCUUGGAGGGCGUGGCAUGGAAAGGAUACUGUAAAAUCUCCAUUCCCUCCCCACUCCCGAUCAGCUGGGACUUUGGAGGCAGAGAAUAGAUGGGGGCGGGGCCAGUCAGAAUUUUUACUACUGGUUCUCCAAACUACUCAAAAUUUCCGCUACCAGUUCUCCAGAACUGGUCAGAACCUGCUGAAACCCACCUCUGCUACAUACCAUUUAAAAGAGACAACCAAAAAGCCAAAAAAAGGAAGCAAAAAGACCAAAACACCUCCUCACCAGCAAUCAACAGCUAGAUGAGCAGAGGUUAAUACCAAGAUUAAUAUUAGGCCAACAAUCAAGCAGGAACUGGAGCAGUGAUAAAGACCCAGACCUCAGGCACCUGGAUAUCAUGGAGGACUCUGGGAUGAGGAGGUGGGGAUCGAGACUCUGCUCUUGGCUUGGAAUGGUGCUGGGCAACAGAGGGAGGGGGCGUUCAACUGCCCAGGUCUUCUGCAACUCACAGGACAAGCGGCUGCUCAACACAAGUCCACCUGGCUCCCUUCCCCCCACCCAGCCUCAAGAGCCAUCCUCCCAGGCCAAGCUUCCUAAAGAGGGUGCCCCAGACCAUUUUUUAUUUUAUUUAUUUAUUUAUUUUAUUUAAAGAAUUUAUAUAGCCACCCAACUCCAACAAUGUGAAAAGCUUACAAGAAACCACUAAAAUAAAAACAACAAACUAUCAGGUAGGGUUUUUGUGGUUAAUACAGUAGUCUGGACAAAAGGAUCAUCUUAAAAAGCCUUGGAUUUUUUUUGUACAAACCAAUUUUAUUUAUUUAUUUAUUUUAAACUCAGCUAAAUUAUUUUACCAAUUAUUUACCAAAUCUUUACCAAUGUCUUUUGCCUUAUUUAAUAAAUAUUGUUUAGCUAUGUGAUACUUCAGGAUUAAACUUUGAACACAGCACA